AUGCAGGCGAUUUUUCUUGUGAUCGUUAUUGGUCGAAAUGCUGAACUGGUAAAAUUAGGCGAGAGGCUGUCGGUGCGGCUGUCGGGAGUGGACGGAACGGAAUUCCAGGGAUUUCUUAUUCAGGCGAGGAACGCCUCGGACGAUGCCGUCUCGGGGACGUUUUUCACCCACCAGCACAAUUACCUCACGUGUGGACGAGGGCAUAACAAUGCGGUGACGCACAAGUCGGCUAGCCGCAAGAAGGAGAUCAUCGUGGAUUGGGAGCCGACGUCGGGGACCUCGGGCGGAAUCCGAUUCAAAGCGACGUUCGUCCAGAAGUAUGACACGUUCUGGGUGGGCGUGGAGUCCCUCCCAGUGAGGGUGGAGAGGUCGGUGCCAGACCCGGAGUACCCUGGGAAGCCGAUAGCGAGUGAUCCGGGGACUGCAGAAGUACCAGUGGGAAACGUGGACAGCACUGCGCGUCCCCGUCCGGCCCAAACGCAGACGCCGAGACGGCCCUCCCAGGAUACGAGACCGCGAGUGCCCGAGGCCGGGUCGAGUCGGGUGCCUCCGGGUCAGGAGGGAGGAAGGAACGAGGCCGUCGGCAAGGAUCCGAUCUACGAUGGAUGCGACGCCAGCAAGGGAUGUUUUGGGUCGCCUGGGGAGUGCGUCAAGGAUGGCAAUUGUGAUCACAUGGUCACGUGGAGGAAGAAGGGGAGUAGGUUCCUGUUUGAAGUUCAGGCCAUGACGGAUGGAUAUGUCGCUCUGGGUCUCUCCAUGGACAAAAAGAUGGGAGACGAUGCCGUUGUGGAAUGCAUGGAGGUGGAUGGUCGUAUCAAGGCCUACCGUUCUUGGAAUUCGGCUAGCCCAAGGAAGGGCAACAAACGAGCCGAUGAUCACUCGGGAAUUCACAAUGUGAACGGAGCAUAUGUCAAUGGAAUCAUGUCUUGUUCCUUCGAAUUGGAUCCUAUUCACGAGCAGAAUGGCGUCACGUUUGAUCUGGACAAACAGAAAUACUCGCUGUUUGUGGCGGCUGGACCUGUUAAAGAGGACAAGUCCAACGUUGCAUAUCAUAGAAACGGCCGCAUCAUCACAGGGAGCCCAGUGGCCCUGGGUGAUUUUUCGUCGAGCAAAAUAUUCGAGGACAGGAACUUGAUACCCCACGAGCCCGAGGUCGGGUCGAGUCGGGAGCCGCAGGGUCAGGACGGAGGGAGGAAGGAGGAUCGUCAGAACAGGGAUCCCAUCUACGAUGGGUGCCAGGUCGAGAAGGGAUGCUUUGGGAAGACUGAGAAGUGCGUCGCGGAUGGCGAUUGUAGUCACAUCGUUGCGUGGAGGAAGAAGGGAGAUAGGUUCUUGUUUGAGCUGCAGGCAAAGACGGAUGGAUAUGUCGCUAUGGGUCUAUCCAUGGAUAGCGAGAUGGGAGAUGAUGCUGUUGUGGAGUGCAUGGAGGUGGAUGGUCGCAUCAAGGCCUACCGUUCCUGGAAUGCAAAAGUUCCGGGGAAAGGCAACACGCGAGCCGAGGAUCAGUCGGGAAUUUACAACGUGAAGGGAGCUUACGUCAACGGAGUCUUUUAUUGUUCCUUCGAGCUGGAUCCUGUCCACGAGCAGAAUGGCAUAGAGUUUAAUCUGGACCAAAAGGAAUAUGUGGUGUUGGUUGCUGCUGGAUAUGUCAAUGAAGACAAAUCCAACAUCGGGUAUCACUCGAAUGGACGCAUUGCCGCAGGGAGCCCAGUGGCCCUGGCCAGCACGGUGGAACUCAAGGCGUACGACCCGAUUCUCUUGCGUCUGCAUGGGGCCUUCAUGCUUGGAGCCUGGAUCUGUGCGGCGUCUUGUGGGAUGUUGCUUGCCCGGUAUUACAAGAACACGUGGGUUGGGUCUCAGAUUUGUGGCAAGGACCUUUGGUUUGUGUGGCAUCGAUUCUUCAUGGUCAUCACAUGGUCCCUGACCGUGGCUGGAUUCGUGCUCAUCUUCGUGGAACUCAAAGGAUGGACCUACAUCGACAUCUGGAGGAACCCGCACUCCGUCCUCGGGGUCGUCACCACCGGACUCUGCUUCAUCCAGCCGUUCAUGGCGAUCUUCCGACCCCACCCGGGCACCUCCAAGCGUCCCAUCUUCAACUGGGCCCACUGGUUCGUCGGGAACUCUGCUCAGAUCAUCGGAAUUGUGGCAAUAUUUUUUGCUGUGAAGCUGCAGAAGGCUGAACUACCUCAAUGGAUGGAUUGGAUCCUUGUUGCCUUCGUUGCCUUCCAUGGCCUCAUGCAUUUCAUGCUCUCGAUUCACAUGUGCUGGUCUGAGGGAAGAUUUAAGGAACGAAAUGACACUUAUGCCAUGAAGGAAAUGGGAGUUGGACACAAUUCCCUCUAUGCUGAACGCAAGAGAGAUGCCCCUGGAAGUGGAUUGAGGAAAUGGAUGUUGGGGAUCUACCUGUUGAUCAACUGGCUGUUCACUGCCCUUCUCAUCCUCAUCGUGGUGCUUGCCCCCGCCGAGGUCACCCUCCAGAAGUGGGGCCUCAUCGCAUGAUCCCCUUCGAUCAUCCGCUGAUCCUUGAUCGUGUACCCCUGUGAUAGAGACCAUCUCGGCUUUGGCCUUUGUGAUGGAUGGACCCCAGUCCAUUGGGGGGGUCGCUUUCAUUCGUCCCCGUGCGUCAGUGGAGAGGCCGGUCGAAACCCGUCCUCUCGUGUCCUGUGGCCUCUCUCGCAUGCAGGUACCUGACCCUCUGGUUGUACUCUAGAUUGCGGAACCGUAAGUUUUUUAAUUUCGUUCCCGAAGCUCGCGGAUUCUCCUUAAUCUCAAGCACAGCCUAGUCCUCGUAGGUUCAUGGACUCAUAUUUCCAAAACGAAAGAGCAUCUUGCGACGAAAUGCAGCCAGCCGGAUGCUUUCACGUGAUUGCAUGAAUCUCAAAACAAUAGUGACUCAGUUGUGUGUGAGAAUCUUUUUAGUAAUUUGAAUUUUCAUGUGUCUUUUUAAUUCUCUUUGACGUAUGCAUGGUUCUUAUGAUUCCUCCUCUCUCUACAACCACGAGUGGUCGACGAUGAGACUCGGCUGAAUUCCGUGCCAAUAUAUUUUUUUAAAGCUUGAUUUUGUGUCUUCCUAUCUCAUACUUAUUUGCCCUGGUGAAUUUCUCCUCUAUCUUUGUCACAUUUUCUCUAUGGAUAUUGAAAUGAAUAUUUGUGUGAAAUGAUUUCUAAA